GACACUAGUGUCGUAUGGCUGGUCACACUCAUUGAUAUUGUUUUUUAAGACCGCAACCAUGGACAUUGGCGAACUGCUGGCGUUUAAGCCGGAACAGACGCCAAAGCGUCCGCACGAGGAGGACGACGACGACUUCGAUUUGGAGAGCUCGCAUGGAAAAAGGGGCGGUGGCGAUGAGAAAACCAAACGCAUGCGGCGCAUCGCCGAAGCCAAGGAGUCGGCACACUAUGGCAAGAAAAAUGGAGGAGCCUCUGCAUCCACGGGCACGUCAACCUUCGAGUUCGAUCCGGAACUCACGGAGGAAGAGCGUUUGAACAUUCUAAAGUACGUUGAAAACGAGGAGGCCGAUGGCGAUGUUUUGGACGAACAGAGCCUCAAGAAGCUGAUAUUGGUUUUCGAGAAACGCAACUUGAAGAACCAGGAGAUGCGAAUCAAGUUCGCCGACAGUCCUGAAAAGUUCAUGGAGUCAGAAGUAGAACUGCACUCCGUAAUCCAGGAGUUGAAGGGCGUGGCCACGGUUCCCGAUCUGUAUCCCCUCCUCGUGGAACUCCAUGGCUUGCACAGUUUGCUGGAACUUCUAUCCCAUCAGAACACAGAUAUAGCUGUGGCCGUGGUGGAUCUCCUCCAAGAGGUCACAGAUGUGGAUAUCCUGGGCGAAAGUCAAGAGGGCGCUGAAUCCUUGAUAGAGGCGCUGAGGAAAGAGCAAAUCUGUGCUCUUCUGGUUCAAAAUCUUGAGCGCCUGAACGAGCAGGUUAAGGAGGAAGCCGAUGGUGUGCAUAAUACCCUGGCCAUUGUAGAAAACCUCACAGAAAUCGAUUCGGAAUUCGUCAAGGAAGCCGCUGAACAGGGAUUGCUGGCCUGGCUGCUGAAACGCCUACGCGGAAAGUCGCCCUUCGAUCCCAACAAACUUUAUUGCAGCGAGAUUCUAUCCAUCCUCAUACAAACGGAAAAUGAUAACCGAUUACUGCUGGGUUCCCUGGACGGAGUGGAUGUGCUUCUACAACAGCUGGCUGUCUACAAAAGGCACGAUCCCGCCAGCAACGAGGAGCAGGAGUACAUGCAGAACCUCUUCAAUUGCCUUUGCUCUGCCUUGAUGGCCCGUGAGAAUCGAGAUCGCUUCCUCAGCGGCGAGGGUCUCCAGCUCAUGAACCUGAUGCUGCGCGAGAAAAAGAUGUCCCGGAAUGGUUCUCUAAAGGUACUGGACCACGCCAUGGCCGGCCAGGAUGGAAGGGACAAUUGCAACAAGUUCGUCGAGAUCCUCGGACUGCGCACCAUCUUUCCGCUAUUCAUGAAAACCCCCAAGCGCAACAAGCAGCGACUGAUCUCCGCCGAUGAGCACGAGGAGCAUGUAACCUCAGUCAUUGCUUCGAUGCUGCGGAACUGCAAGGGCACCCACCGCCAGCGAAUGUUGGCCAAGUUUACCGAGAACGAUCACGAGAAGGUGGAUCGUCUGCUGGAGCUUCACCUGAAGUACCUGGCAAAGGUGGAAGCAAUAGACAAGGAGAUCGAUCAGCAGGCAAAGGAUCCCAGCAUUGAUGAGGACGAGGAGGCGGAGAAUAAUUACAUUAAGCGGCUGACCGGGGGCCUUUUCACAUUACAAAGAAUCGACUACAUCCUGCUGGAGGUCAGUGCCACAGGCGAUACCGUCAAGCAGCGCGUUCUGCAAAUCCUUAACUUGCGAGGCGCCUCCAUGAAGACCAUUCGCAGCAUCAUGAGAGAAUACGCCGGCAAUUUGGGUGAUGGCGAUACUGACUGGCGAGAGCAGGAGCAGAGCCACAUAUUAUCCCUAGUCGAUCGUUUCUAAGGCUCACCAUACAAUAAACAAUGCAUAACUAUAAAAAUAAAAACUUUUGAAAAUACA